AUGGUGGAGCUGUGCUCGGCGAUGUCGGGUGAAGUGGUGGCACAGCUGGCUGCCAUGGAGCUCGAAGAGAAGGUGGUGAAGGAGUUGAAGAGGCAUUUUGGAUGGACAACUAGGACAUAUUACCACCUAGCUGUUCUUCUACCUCCUUUGAAGGUGCUAUUGGUGGUGCUCAGUCUGCUGGAAGAUGAGUGCCAGGGUCAACGGCUCAUCUUGGCAUGUGUUGCAGAUCGCUGGAAAGAAGUUGAAGUGCUACUGCAGAAGCCUUUGGCCCCAGACUUCAUCCUUGAGAAUUACCAGACGGCGCUGCACGUGGCUGCUGUGAACGGGCAUGGCCAGUCCUUAGGAGUGGUGCAGCUAUUGCUUGAGGCUGAGGUUGACAUUAGCACAGGCCGCGUGGCAGAUGACUACCAAGCUUUGCAUAUUGCGAAGGCUGACGCAGACAAGGCUGAUAAUGACGGCUUGACAGCUUUGCAUGCCGCUCAGGCGAAGCAAGAUGAGGCGAUGAAAGAUGGGACGACUGCUAUACACUUGGCUGACGCUGACAAGGCUGACAAUGACGGUUUGACAGCGUUGCACGUGGCAGCUCAAAGCGGCUGCCCAAGACUGACACAGCGGUUGCUGAAGGCGAUGGCAGACAUAGACAAAGAUCAGCCCUACUUGAAUCAACAGCAGCAGGUCGCACGCCUGGAGGCCACCGCCACCUCGCUCGACGUGCUGUUGGCGGCGGCCCUGGAGAGAGAGCAGCAGGAUCGGCGCUGCCUCGGGUCUUGGGCCCAACAAGAGCUUCAGCUGAUGUCAAUGGAUGCAAAAAAGGAAGAAGGAUGGAUGCCAUCUGAGUAUAGAUGUUUCCAUAUGCCCUAA